AUGGCAAGUGAGAAAGAGAGUUUUCUUGUCUUAGUGCAUUGCUUUGGAAAAAUUCAAAGAAGCAAAAAAUACUGUGUGAAGUUCACUGACAGAGAACCGUUGAGUGUAUUUAUCAGUUCAUCAAGCACUUUGUCAGAUAUAAAGAACAGCAUCUUGCAGAAGCUUGGGGUAUUUGGGAGCAAGUGGGUGAAGAAGCUAUUCUAUAAGAUUCCGAUCGCAGUUGUGUCGACCGGUGUUAAGUAUGAUACGUUUGUGAUAGUGGCCGAUGAAGAUAUUUGGGUUCUGUUUCAUUGUGUUAGGAGUUUUCCAGAGGUCAGAAUACACGAGCUGUAUGCGAAGUUGGAGGCUGGUGUCAAUAGUUCUGGGGCAUCAGCUCUGGUUCAUAGCUCGACUGUCGUGGGUGAUGCGUCUAGUUCGAUGCCUGCGGCCGCACCAACUGUUUCGCAGCAGACAUUUGAGGUGGAUACUGGUCGGGGCAUUAUUCACGAUGAUCAAGGGUUCGAGGAACCUGAUCGAGUUGAGAAUGCAAUGCGGGACGAUGAUUUUGACCAGGAGCAUGUAGAUAUAAUUGGGGACAGCGAUAAUGACACAGGUGUCAAUCCACAUACACAGUAUGGCCCUUCAAGUUCUGGCACACAGCAGUACCCUCUGCACUUCUCUACUCUAAACUUGGAGGCUUUGGGGCAACAGGCAGACGGAGGUGCUACUAUUGGUGAUCACCGGCAGCUUGAUUACCACGUUAUCUGUGCGAGGAUUUAUCCGUUGGUUAGGGCGGAUGCUGCGGUAACGGUAAAGGUCUUGCAACAAGCAACAGAAGCCGAUUAUGGGUUCAGGCCUAGUUACAAGAAGGUUUGGAUGGCAAAACAGAAGGAACGACAGCACAUCAAAUUAAACAUGUUAUCCACACAAAAUAAUAAACCAUACAUGGAUGGCAGCGGAAAUCCAAACACAUCAAAACCACUAGGUCUGAGACUAGGAAACCUCCAAAAAUCCAAGACUGUAGUAGUUGUAGUGGCCCAGCCAAGUUCACAACAUUUCGGUUUGUCCCACGACAUAGACAUCUAUACAACCAGGCCAGUGCAGCCGAGCCCCAACUAUAUCUUCCCAAGUCCUCCAUCGAUGCCAAAUAUGGCAACCAGCGAAGUUGAACCCGGUUUGCAUUCUUGUCCGCAAACAGCUGAGAUGACAACAACAUCAUAA